CAUAUAAGUAGAUCAUCAAUAUGGCUGAUGAUGAUGAUAAAGGCUACAGAUGGGAGACAGAAUAUGAGAAAACUUGGGAGGAGUUGCAUGAAGAUGAAUCAGGUUCACUUAAGGCCAGCGUGGAUGACAUUCUUCAUCGAGCUAAACGCAGGCAGCUGUUGGAAAGAGUUACAAAUGUUCGACUGGGGAUGAUGCGCCAUUUGUUUAUUGUAAUUGAUGCAUCUUCUGCAAUGUCAGACCAAGAUCUGAAGCCCACACGCCUUAUAGCAUCUUUAAAGCUUCUUGAGUUUUUCGUUGAGGAAUAUUUUGACCAGAACCCAAUCAGCCAGCUGGGAUUAAUUCUGUCUAGAAGCAAAAAGGCUGAAAAAGUUACAGAGCUUGGAGGUAAUCCUCGCCGUCAUAUAAAAGCACUUCAGACUUUAGCUACUCAAGCUUGUGUUGGUGAAUUUUCUCUACAGAACUCUCUAGAACUUGCACUUGCUUCACUUAAACACAUGCCAAGUCAUUCCAGUCGAGAGCUUCUGAUCAUAAUGGGUAGUCUAACAACUUGUGACCCUAGUGACAUUAAGGAAAUCAUCAAGACUGUUGCUGAUGCUAAUGUACGAUGUUCAGUCGUAGGCUUAGCAGCAGAAGUGAGAAUUUGUAAGACCUUGUGCCAACAAACAUCAGGUACCUACAAUGUUAUUCUGGAUGAAUCACAUUUCAAAGAUCUGCUUAGUCAGCAUGUUACCCCACCCCCUGCAUCGACAAAUACUGAGUCUUCUCUAAUCAGAAUGGGAUUCCCGCAUCACACUCUAGGAGGGGACAAAGAUUCAGAACAAAAACCUUCCAUGUGUAUGUGUCAUCUGGACAGUAAAACAGCCAACAGCUUCAGCACCACUGGCUACUUCUGCCCACAGUGUAAAAGCAAAUACUGCGAGCUGCCUAUUGAAUGCAAAGCUUGCAAUCUCACCUUAGUCUCAGCACCACACCUGGCCAGGUCCUACCAUCACCUGUUCCCACCUGCAGCUUUCAAAGAACUUCUCACCUCUGAUAUAAUUACAGAUGGACCUGUGUGUUGUUAUGCUUGUCAAAUACAAAUUCUUGAUCCUCAUGUGUAUAUGUGUGAAAAGUGUGAGCAACAUUUCUGUUUGGAUUGUGACCUGUUUGCACAUGAGACCCUUCAUUCCUGUCCUGGUUGUGCGAGUUUCAGGAAUCUGCAGACUAUCCAGGCUACAUCCAUUUUAUAGUGGAUAUGUAGGUGACAUUCAAUUGAUAGUAGACAUGUAGGUGGCAUUUUAUAGUGGACAUGUAGGUGACAUUCAAUUGAUAGUGGACAUGUAGGUGACAUUCAAUUUAUAGUGGAUAUGUAGGUGACAUUUUAUAGUGGACAUGCUGGUGACAUUCAAUGUAUAGUGGAUAUGUAGGUGACAUUCAAUUUAUAGUGGACAUGUAGGUGACAUCCAAUUUAUAGUGGACAUGUAGGUGACAUUUUAUAGUGGACAUGCUGGUGACAUUCAAUUUAUAGUGGACUUGUCGGUGACAUUCAAUUUAUAGUGGACAUGUAGGUGACAUUCAAUUUAUAGUGGACAUGUAGGUGACAUUCAAUUUAUAGUGGACAUGUAGGUGACAUUCAAUUUAUAGUGGACAUGUAGGUGACAUUCAAUUUAUAGUGGAUAUGUAGGUGACAUUCAAUUUAUAGUGGACAUGUAGGUGACAUCCAAUUUAUAGUGGACAUGUAGGUGACAUCCAAUUUAUAGUGGACAUGUAGGUGACAUUCAAUUUAUAGUGGACAUGUAGGUGACAUCCAAUUUAUAGUGGACAUGUAGGUGACAUUCAAUUUAUAGUGGACAUGUAGGUGACAUUUUAUAGUGGACAUGUAGGUGACAUUCAAUUGAUAGUGGACAUGUAGGUGACAUUUUAUAGUGGACAUGUAGGUGACAUUUUAUAGUGGACAUGUAGGUGACAUUAAAUUGAUAUGGACAUGUAGGUGACAUUUUAUAGUGGACAUGUAGGUGACAUUCAAUUUAUAGUGGACAUGUAGGUGACAUUUUAUAGUGGACAUGUAGGUGACAUUCAAUUUAUAGUGGACAUGUAGGUGACAUUUUAUAGUGGACAUGUAGGUGACAUCCAAUUUAUAGUGGACAUGUAGGUGAAAAGCUAAUGUGCAAAGUGUAUUUUCUGUGUGCGCUGUUCUGAAAGUCUUAUACAAGGAUAUAUUUAUUUUACAAAUUCACUGCGUGGCAGCUUAAAACUACUGCGCGACUGCGCAGCUUAGAGGGAACAUUAGUGGACAUAUUGGUGACAUCCAAUUUAUAGUGGACAUGUAGGUGACAUUCAAUUGAUAGUGGACAUGUAGCCAAUGUUCCUUUAAUUGUGUAUAGAAGAUCUUUAUAGAUGUACUUAUUAUUAAAACAACUUGACUUUUUAGUUAAAUAUUCAAACACUGAACACUUUACGAUCUAAGGUUGCACUUUCAAAGGCUCUUGUAAAGCUAAUGACCACUCAUCCUUCAAGGUUUUUCAGCUGAACUAUUUUAGAUAGUUUUUUUUUAUCUGUGAAAAUCCCAAUUCAGAAAAAAGCUGAAAUAUUUUACAGAUCACAACUAUGUAUUACUAAUCAGGGGAUACCAUGCUUUUAUCAAGGGAGAUAACUAUUCUUGGUAUUCAAAAAAAAUAUGUAUGAACACUGCCAGUCAAUUAAGCACAUCACUUUUGUUGUGGUUUAAUUAAAUACAUUUAUUAAUUAACUGUAAUGGAAAUAGUGAAUCAUUCAUUGUUUUAACAUACGGUUUUGUUUAUUAAUGUUGUAAAUAAUAAA